AUAAAACACGCUACCGGUAUUCGGGUUGAAGGCGAUAUUCCGGUGAAGUGUUCCGAAUAGAAGAAAAAAAAACUAAGUGUGGACGCCUUCCGUUUGCUAAAGCAGACAGGAUAUGAAUUAAUCCAGACGGGACAGCAGUCAGUCACACCCUUGUCUGCGGAUUCCUAAGGGACUUUGUCUGCCGAGGAGUAUGAAAUCGCUAUCCCUUUUCUACUGUGAGAUGUUUUAUACGAUAGACUUGUGAAUUUCAGGCUCAGAGCACCGGUGUGAAGAAAGUGAAGUGCGGACUGGAUAUGACUGACUCAUCAUCAUGGCACGGACAGAGGAGAUAACCCUGAAGAGUCUGCCAGCCAGACAGCAGCCCCACGACUAACAACACACACAUCUGCUCUGUCCUUUUGCAUUAGAACCGUCCCCGUUCGACACUGAGGUAUUAUGAAUGCCCCGAUGUACACCUUUGUCACUCGUGACGACAACAGCACUGUUUACGCAGAAGUUUCCAAGAUCCUCGUCUCAACCGGACACUGGAAGAGGCUGAAACGAGACAAUCCCAGAUUCAACUUGAUGCUCGGGGAACGGAACAGAUUGCCCUUUGGACGUCUAGGCCAUGAGCCAGGACUGGUGCAGCUGGUGAACUAUUACAGAGGUGCAGACAAGCUUUGCAGGAAGGCGUCCUUGGUCAAGAUGAUAAAGACAAGCCCGGAGCUCUCAGACUCCUCCAACUGGUUCCCAGAAUCUUACAUCAUCUAUCCCACUAACCUCAACACCCCUGUCGCUCCAGCCACAAACGGCAUUAGUCAUCUGAAGAACAAUCCCAAGACUGAUGAGCGGGAAGUUUUCUUGGCUUCCUAUCACUCGAAAAAAGAAAGUGGUGAGGGAACAGUGUGGAUAGCCAAGUCGUCUGCUGGAGCGAAAGGUGCUGGUAUUUUGAUAUCCCAUGAUGCUAAUCAGCUGCUGGAGUACAUCGAUAAUCAGGGACAGGUCCAUGUCAUUCAGAAGUAUCUGGAGAAACCUCUGCUUCUGGAGCCGGGUCAUCGGAAGUUCGACAUCAGGAGCUGGGUGCUAGUGGACCAUCAGUACAACAUCUACUUGUACCGGGAGGGUGUGCUGCGGACCUCAUCGGAGCCCUACAACAGCUCCGACCUCCAGGACAUGACCAGCCACCUGACCAACCACUGCAUCCAGAAGGAGCACUCCCAAAACUACGGCCGAUACGAGGAGGGGAAUGAGAUGUUCUUUGAUGAGUUCCGGCUGUAUCUGAUGAAUACUCACAGUGUCACCCUGGAGACCACCAUAUUACCUCAGAUCAAACAGAUCAUAAAGAGCUGUCUGACAUGCAUUGAGCCGGCUAUCAGCACCAAGCACCUGUCCUACCAGAGCUUCCAGCUCUUUGGAUUUGAUUUCAUGGUGGAUGAGAGCUUCAAAGUGUGGCUCAUUGAGAUCAAUGGAGCACCGGCCUGUGCACAGAAACUCUACCCAGAGCUGUGUCAGGGCAUUGUGGAUGUGGCCAUUUCCAGCGUCUUCACCCUGAACAGCGGCAGUGACUCCUCAUCUGCCUCCUCCUCACCUUACUCCUCCUCCCCGUCCUCCAUGUUCACCACCAACUCCUGCUCCUCCCCUAAACUGAGAGCUCCGCUUCACGUGGGCCCUUUUACUCGACUGUAAGCACAUCAGAGUACCCAGUAUCUCCUGUCCUAUCUGCUUCUUCCACGCUCUGUCCUCAUUCCUAAACUGUUUCUGAGUGGUAGCGCAGGCCGGCACAGUCCAGCCUCUAAUUGUACCUGAACGGAGAGAAUUUGCUGAACAUCAGAAAUAAUCUCCACUCUCCUGAGUCUUAUGCAUAUUCUGAAUGUGAGGUGAAUGCGAGUGCGGUGAUGAACAGAUCGAAUGAGUUUGCGGGAGUUUCUGAAUGAGGACAGACGACCCUCCAUCUAAACUCCACCGCCGAUUUCUCCCGAGGCAGAUUAAAGGAGGUCUGAGGGAUCCAGAGACACUAAACCUGAGACUGUAGUGCCUUACAUUUCCAACCACGCUCCCUUAAAAGGCUGCCAGUCAACUUACUGUAUUACCGUGACUUGUACUUGUUGUAUAAGCCUUUGCACUGUUUAUUCGCUGCUGGAUCAGUCCGUUCAUUUGAGUCCAUAUGAAGCCCAGUUCAGACCAGUGGAUUGCGUUUAGUACUCCAGUCUGUAGCAUUCUGAAACCUGCCAGUUCACACCAGUGCACCUAGGUAAAGCCUCAGUCACAAAUGCCGUUACGAACGACUACAAACACCGUGCGAACGAUUUAUGGACCAUUUCAUACGAUCUUCUCAAGGCGGCCGUAUAAGAAUGGAGUGUUCGUUGUCUGUUCUUAAGUUCGUAGCCAGGCGUCUGCAAGAUUUUCCACGAACGCUCUACGAAAUUCACUUUCGUAUGGCGCCCUAACGAAUGCCUUAUGAACGACUGAAGAACAACGCACAAUGUUGAUGGAUCAGGAGGCCUUUCCAGGACCCACAUGUUCCUGUGGUGGCAGUAGGUAGAUCACAACAAUACGUUACGUUGUUAUUAGGGGUCCUUUACAGCGUUCACAUGAACAAAUGCACAGACAGAGCAUCGCACGGCUUUCUUAAGGUGGAUGUAGGGUGUUUCUAUGGGCAGUAGUGCGUCAUUCGUGGCAUUCUUAGAGGGGGUCAAAUACACAUUUUUAAGACAGAGUGAAUGACUGGACUCAAACGCAUGGUGCUGAAGGGAAAGUGUUUUAAUAACAGAAAAAUACAAUUGAAGAAACAACACCUGUCCACAGGGACGAGGAUCAGUUAGGGUUCGGCACUCAGUGACAGACAGUUAUUGUUUUUAACGUUCGCUUCCCUCUAUUAUUCUUGUGUAUCUUUGUUUUAUUCUUAUACGUUCUAUUUCAAAUUUCUUCAUUUGACGUCUUAUUAUGACUCCUGAUGUCUAACGGUGCAGGUCAGUUUUCCUGCAUGUUUUACAGUAAUGUGUGAUUUAGCACCACGGAAAGCGCACAAUCCCAAACACAUAAAACACAUAUUCACAUUCUAAAACUCUUAAUAUAAAAACACUUAACAUAGUUUAACGUCUGAAAAGAGCAUCAAUCAUCACCAAAUUAUGAUGGACAUCUCUAAUGCUGGGAUAGGCUCCAGCACCCCUGCGACCAUCUGGAGGAUAAAGCGGCUCAGAAGAUGAAUGAAUGAAUGAAAAAACAGUACUCUAAGAUUAAACUAUGUAAUGUUUUUUUGCAGAGGUGAAAGUGGACAUGACUACAGAUGGAGAAGUUUCACUCUUGUGGGCAUUAUUGCCAUCUAAAUGCAAUUAUCAUGACACAGGACUUUUACUACACGGCCACUGUUUAUAUCCCGAUCUAAAUAUUCUGAAACAGCGUAAGAUCUUCCUGACAUCGACUUGAGUUUCACAUAGGGGUGCCGUACAUCCACCUUACGACAAAAUAAUUCAUGAAGUGUCCGUAGGUCUGAUGUAGGAAGGUCCCAAGUCACCCUUAUGAAGACCAUGACAACUGUACAGUGUUUGUACGACACAAAAUCAUGUCAUUUUCUCACGGAGUCCUCAAGUUGCUCUUGCAUUUUGAACAGCAGCCGUACAGACUUCAUAAAACGGCCGUAAGAAACUACGACUCCAUCCACGAAUGUCUAUGAACUGCAGAUCUCGUAUGAACCCAUCGUUCAUAAGAAGCUUUGUGACUGAGGCUUAAGACAGUGCAUCUUUCUGCACGUCUUUACCUCUGUUCUAACCCCUUGGCCUUUUGUAGCUGGACUUAAAUUGUAGCAUUUUCAAAUAAGUUGAAUAGUAAUAAUGCGUUACUUACUUUAGCUGCAUUUUUGGUACUGAUGAAAUGGCAGAUUUUUCCCUUCUAUUCCCUAAACAGUUCUAUCAUCGACCUCACUUCAUAAUUACAUGAGCAAAGAAAACACAAACUAAUACUAACUAUUGAUUAUUAAAAGCCAGAAAUUGAUUUUUUUUUUUUUUAUUAUUACAUAAAAUUUGAGCUUUAGCCCCUUUGUGCUAAAGAAAGCACGCAUUUAAACUUGUUAAAUAA